AUGGAACAAAUUUUUCAUCCCAGCUUUUUAACAUUACUCGAAUGUUACCACCAUGGAACAUCGUGCACGUUAAUCUGGGAACCAACGGAGGUCUCAGUCAGCCACAUUUUAGCCUCCAGCUGCUCGAUCACCACCGACGAACUCGUUGGAAUUAUCAAGCCGGUGUUGGAAGGAAUCCAGUAUUUGCGGCGGCUCGGAAGAACACUGGCUACCCUGAGCCCGGAAACGAUCCUGCUUACACAGUCUGGUCAUGUUAAGAUUAAGGGUGUCGAGAAUAGCUGCCAAAUCAAAGAUUCGGAAAUGAACCCCGCGACGAUGAAAUUAUGCGCGCUAGCCGAUGUUGUCACGAAAUUGAUGGUAAAGAAUCGUACCUACGAGUGGGAACCAGAGGUUCAAAAUUUGCCUUGCCAGCUGGAAAAUUUUUCCAUUGAGGAAGUAUUGCAGGUAUGUUCAUCCCAGUCCUCAUCAUACACUCAACUAAUGUGA